ACGUGUUCUGCGCAUGCGUGUAAGUUAGGCCUCCAUUUUGCAGUACGGUGCUAGCAACCUUUUCGCAUACGAGAAGCUGCAUCAGUAUAUUGAGUGCAAUAAGGAUUUAUUCCUAACUAAGGCGACAUUUCUACAACCAGUACCAUGGCUGACCCAUCAGCAGACACGGAGGUCCUGGAGGGCGCAGAGGUCCGCAAACUGUCCGAGCUGAGAGUGAUCGACCUGAAGGCCGAGCUGAAGAAACGAAACCUGGACACCACGGGCGUCAAGAGCGUGCUAUCAGAGCGACUCAAAAAGGCGAUUGAGGAAGAGGGGGGGAACCCUGACGAGAUCAUCGUCACUCCGGAGUUAGCCCCAAAGAAGUCUACACCAAAACGUCCUCUCAAAGAUACAAAGCAAGAGACUGAUGAACCAGAGGACUGCACUAUGGAGGAGGAUUCCCACAAUGACCAUGAGGAUCAUCAAGAUGAUCACGAGAGCAUGCAGGAAAUGGACAUCCUGGACAUGAAUGUCCUCGAUGAAACAGAGAAUGACAAUGGAAUACCAGCUGAGGAUGAUGAGGAUGAAGCAGAGAAUUUAGACGAAGAUAUGUUGUUGAAUGAAGAGCAUGACAACAGGGCGCUUGAGUCAGAAGACGAAGAAAAGGCUCGAGAGAUGGAUGAUCCUGAGAUGUCAGAAAAGGAUGACUCUAUGACACACUCAUCAGAUCAUAUGCCUCGGGAUCCAGACGCUACUGACGUGAAAGAAGAAACAGAAAAUGACAAAGUAGCCGGGUCUUGUUUAUCUGAGCCACUUAACGAAGAUCAGCACCAGAGCCACGAGACGAGCCCCGAAGAAGAGCAAGCUGCCACCACUGCCGCAGGGGAAGAAAAUGUGUCCGACACCUGCGCCAAGUCUGACAUGGCUGCCUCUGGAGACGCGGAGAGCGACAGGGAUGUUGCGGAGACCGACGCCAAAGAGGUCGGGGACGCACAGACCGUUCCAGAAGAAGAGACAUUUGACUCUGAAAGCAAAAGCUUGCAGGCUGUUAGUGUAAGCGAACAGGGCACUGUGGGUGAUGAAACUGUUGGUUCAGAAAUGGGGUCUAAGGGUGAGGAGGAUGAGAAGACAGAAGAGAAAGCUGCCGCGGAUUCAGCCUCGACUGUGAAAGAGUCCUCUUCUGUAGAGGGCGAUGAUCAGAAAAAGAGCUCUGAGGAGAACGAUGGCAAGACUGAGUCUAAAGAUGAAAAGACUGCUGGAAGUGGUGCUGCAGCAAGCAGUAGCAGGAAUCUGUGGGUUAGUGGCCUCUCCUCCACGACCAGAGCAACUGAUCUGAAGACCCUUUUCAGCAAAUAUGGCAAGGUUGUCGGUGCUAAGGUAGUGACCAACGCCAAGAGCCCUGGGGCUCGCUGCUACGGCUUUGUAACAAUGUCUUCCACAGAGGAGGCCACCAAAUGUAUUAGCCACCUUCACAGGACCGAGCUGCACGGCAGGAUGAUCUCUGUGGAGCGGGCAAAAAAUGAGCCUGUUGGGAAGAAGCCAGCAGACAAGAACGAAGCCAAGAAGUCUGGUGACCGGAGACACUCCUCUGACUCCAAAUCUGAAGGAAAGGAUGAGAAGUCUGAGGGAGAAGGAAAAGAUGGAAAAGGACGAAACGAGAGGACUGUAGUGAUGGACAAGUCCAAAGGAGAGCCAGUCAUCAGCGUCAAAACCAAAAGCAAAGAAAGGAGCUCAAAGAGUCGGGACCGCAAAUCACCCAGCAAGGAGAAGAAAGACAUUCUGUCAUUUGACCAGAUCAAGGAGCAGAGAGAGCGAGAGAGGCAGAGACAACGAGAGCGAGAAAUCAGAGAGGUGGAGAGGCGCAGAGUGACAGACCGGGAUCGGGAUCGUGACAACCGCCCAGACAGAGAGCGUGAGCGAAUCCGUCUGUUCCGGGAGAGAGAGGAGAGGAACCAUCUGAUGAGGAAGAGACACUGGCUGGAGGCUGAAAAACAGCGCCUGGAGGCAGACCGGAUGGAGCGCCAAUUCCUGGAACGGGAGAGAGUGCGUAUUGAGUACGAGAGGCGGCGUGAGCAGGAGAGGAUCCUCAGGGAGCGUGAGGAGCUGCGGCGGCAGCAGGACCAGCUGCGUUAUGACCAAGACCGGCGGCCUGUCAAGAGACCUUAUGACAUGGACGGCAGGAAAGAUGAGUGGCCUGAGAAGCGCAUUGCCUUGGAUGACCGUUAUGGUCGCUCAGACUUAAGUCGACAGGAUCGUUAUCAGGACUUUGAUCACAGGGAUAGGAGCCGUUACCAAGACAACGUGAUAAUGGACAGACGCGACAAUACCCGUAGUGACAGCCAGCACUUCUCUGACCGAUCAGACCGACAUAGUAGAGAUGGUCGAGACUCCUGGAGUGGAGGAUAUGACAAACGCUUGAACACAAGGGAAGGAAGUCGAGACUGGGACUCGAGCCGGAAGGUGGAUGGAGACAGAUCAUGGCAAAGUAGAGACGGUGCCAUCCCAGGCCAGAGCCAUAUAGCACGUGGUGGAAUGACAGGCAGCCGUGGAGGCUACAUGAACACAGGAACAUCUCAGUCCCUCUCUGGAGCUCUGAACAGACAGAACCAGCUGAUGCAGGGCAGCGGGCUGCAGGGUGGAGCUUUCGGUCGACGCUACUGAUGUCUGAAGACAUUAGUGGAACCCUUUCAGGACGUCAUGUCAUGAAGGAUGUGACCGUCUUGGUCUUGUACAUGUUUUAAAUUUAAUAUUCUUUUUUUGUUGUUUUCUUUGACACAAUUCAAAUCUUUUUUGAUGGAUACUUUUUUUAUUUUUUGGUUGCUACCAGUAUAUAUAUAUAUUUUGUCCUUACGUUGUGUGUGUGACAAAGUGAUCCUUGUAUUUCCCAUAUGGUCAAAUCUGUGUGGUUUGUGUAUCACAGCCAUCACUGCACCAGAAAGUGUGUUUUACACAGGUUGUUCUGUGGUGGGGAGUUAUUUACAGCUCUGUGAUGUAACUUCACAUGUUUUUUUAGACGCCUGGGCUAAUGGACCUAACCUCACCAGUCUUCCCAGUUUGUGUCUGGAACAUUUUGCAAGUUUUUCCAUUCUCGUUAAACGAGUCUUUGUCUAAACGAAUUUGUUCAGAACUAAAAGUUGUGUUGGAUGUUAUUUUUUUAUAACUUGAUGGUUGGUACAGUUGAGCUGCUAGGAAGAAAGGUUUUUAAUCUUCAUGUCACGUUAUGAUGAACUCUUUUUUUUUUUUUUUCCAUUUCAAUCUCUUUUUUUUGUAUAUAGUAUUUGAUUUGUGUGAUUGUUGAAAUAUGGUAAUAAAUAUCCCUUAAAUUAA